GUCGCAGGAGCGGACCAGCUGAAAGCCAAGGAAAACUUUAAGCAGUCGAAAUGUUGAAGAUAUGCAGGAUCUUGUUGUUCGUUCUUGUCGUCUUCGCGUUGUACCGCUUUGUUUACUCGUACGAACCCGUACAGCGCACUAUCAAGAUCAGCGAUGUUAAAGAUGAAAAGGAGCGUGAAAGCUUCGAACACUACCUGUACCAAGGAUACUGGAAGAACAAACAAAUCUGGGCCCCCCAAUGGAUAAAGACUUGGCGUGAGGGCAAGAUACACGUGCCGACUUGGAAGCGUAUUUGGGCCCUUAAGACCAUCCAGGAAUGGGAGAAAGAGCUCGCACCCCCGCCGGCUUGGCUUAAUAACUUACGCGGCCCACUGGCUGUAGAACUACCCCAUUAA